AUGACUAAUCCUCACGAGUACACUAUCGGGUGGAUAUGCGCGAUACAUUCUGAAUAUGUUGCCGCCCAAGCCUUCCUUGACGAGCAUCAUGAAGGACCUGAUUAUGUAUCUCCCAACGACAACAACGACUAUACCCUUGGCAAGAUCGGAAAUCAUAAUGUCGUUAUCGCCGUGCUUCCAAACAGCGAAUACGGGCUUUCAUCCGCGGCUGGCGUCGCAAGAGAUAUGCUACAUAGCUUUCCGAACCUCAGAGUCGGUCUGCUCGUAGGAAUCGGCGGUGGUGCACCAAGUCGAAAGCAUGAUAUACGACUUGGUGAUGUUGUGGUGGGCGUUUCCAACAAUAGUGGGAAAAGUGCUGUAUUCCAGUAUGACUUUGGAAAGGCCAUGCAAGGCCAGGAGUUUCUCGAGACUGGGCCUUGGUAUCAGCCACCGCCGGUUUUACGAACAGCUGUUAACGGACUUAUGGCGCAGUAUGACAUGGAGGGGAAUCAGUUGAGUGAAGCAGUUAAUAGUGCCCUGAAUAAGAAAACCAGACUACGAAAAAAGGGCUAUUCAAAGCCUGGAGUAACCACUGAUAGGCUCUACCAGUCACAAUUUGUUCAUGCUAACAACGAGAUGGGUUGUGUGGAAGCCUGUGGUGACAGUUCAUUCAACCUAGUCAAGCGGCUCCAAAGAGACGAAGAAGACGAGAUAAUGGUCCAUUAUGGCCUGAUCGCUUCAGCAAACACGCUCAUGAAGGAUGCAUUAGUUCGAGAUAAGCUUACAUCGAAGAAAGAUGUUCUAUGUUUCGAAAUGGAGGCUGCCGGACUGAUAAGUCAUUUCCCAUGCCUACUAGUCAUUCGUGGUAUCUGCGACUAUUCAGAUUCACACAAGAAUGAUGAGUGGCAGGGUUAUGCGGCUAUGGUAGCCGCAGCAUAUGCAAAAGACCUCCUUCGUCGAAUUUCUCCAUCCAGGAUUGAAGCUGAGAAAAGGAUCAGCGAAGUAUUGACAAAUAUCCAGAAAGAUCUGCUAAAUGUACAGCAAGUGGCACACGACAUCAAAGCGGAUGUACACUCAAUAAGGACCGAUAGCCACGUCGCAAACAUUGAGCGCUGGCUUUCACCCGCCGAUCCAUCCACGAAUAUCAGCAAUGCGAGAAAGUCUCGACAUUCUGGAACAGGUAUAUGGUUUCUCGAUAGCCACGCCUUUCAUCAGUGGAAGCUUGGCUCUUAUCGGAAUUUGUGGCUUUAUGGCAUGCCAGGCUGUGGUAAAACGAUCCUCAGCGCAACGAUUUUCGACCACCUUGCUCAGGAUGGUUGGUUAACUCUCACUUUCUUCUUCGACUUCACCGACACCAAGAAGCAAAAACUCAAGGACAUGCUGCAUUCGCUUGCAUUCCAACUCUAUACUUCCCACUUAGACUCUCGGAAAGCUCUUGAUGACUUAUUUGCAUCUUCCGACAGCGCCGGCAGGCAGCCAGAUAUCAAUACGUUAUCUGAAUGUGUUAGAGCCAUAUUAAGACCUCAAAAAAAGCUUGUUAUUUUACUAGAUGCUCUAGAUGAGUGUUCAGAAAGAAGAGAGUUAUUGCAAUGGAUGAAAGAGCUGGUGCUGGAUAUCACAAAUGUCCAGGUAAUAGCGACUAGUCGACCCGAACACGAUUUACAACAUAAUCUUGUCUCUUUGUUGGGAGAAAAGAAUUGCCUCCCUCUCAACAAAGAGUCAGUUGAUAACGAUAUUCGCUCUUAUAUCAAGGCCAGGCUCGAGGAGGGCCAAGAGUUUAGGAGAUGGGCCAAUUUUCCACACGUGCUGGAACAGAUAAGAGUUGCGGUCAGCAGCAAAUCCAAUGGAAUGUUUAGAUGGGCAGCCUGUCAAUUAGAUAGUCUCCGGGAAUGUCUCGAUCGCGAGACGCUACAAGAUGCGCUUCAAUCCCUACCCAAAGAUUUAAACACGACAUACGCUCGAAUCCUUCAGAGUAUCCCCAAAGAGCGUAAAAAGAAGACAAUCCGCCUGCUUCAGUUCCUUCUCUACUCCGAGCGGCCAUUGACCCUUGAGGAGGCUGUGGAUAUAAUUGCAGUUCGUCCUAACGAAGACCAAUUCGAGGCGCAAGACCGACUUCCGCGCCCUGAAGAAAUUACUGGAUAUUGCUCCAGUCUUAUAUCGCUUAUACAAGCCUCUAGCCCGGCUGCAGCAAAUAAGCUACAACUGGCCCAUUUCUCUGUGAAAGAGUAUCUUCUGACUUGUGACUCUCCGGAAUUUACGUAUCCUAAUCCCAGAGUGGCUAUUACGGAAACUUGUUUGGCAUAUCUCGGAAGCAUACCGAAUGUUGAAACUGCUACUGUUAAGGUACAAUUUCCAUUAGCAGAAUAUGCAGCACAAAUCUGGAUGGGUCAUGCCAAGGUUGCGGAAAACUCAGAGCCAAUCCUUGAGAAGAUGAUAAGAUUCUUGCUAAAAGAGGAACAAUUUCACUGUUCGAUCCAUUUAUUCAAUCCCGAUGGCCUUGUCUAUCGUCUUCGAAAAAUGCCCACAGCCUCGCCACUUUAUUAUGCAUGUCUCACUGGCCUUGCAACAACUGCAAAGAGACUUUUAUCGAUUGGCGCAGAUCCAAAUGCUCCAGGCGGCCACCAGGGCUAUCCGCUUACAGCAGCUUCAAAAUGUGGCCACAAGGAGAUUGUCCAGCAGCUGCUAGAUCACGGCGCUGACGUUGAUGCCAAAGGUGGCUUAUACGGCGUUGCGCUCAAUGCCGCUUCUCAAGGUGGCCAUGAAGAAAUUGUCCAACUCCUUCUAGAUAACGGCGCCGAUAUCAAUGCCAAACAAAGCUCGUUUGGAUCUGUGCUCGCAAGUGCCUCGGCAGCUGGUCGCCAGAAUAUGGUUCAACUACUGCUGGACAACGGUGCAGAUGUUAAUGCCAAAGGCGGCUACGAUGGAUUUGCGCUCGGGGCUGCUUCAAGAUAUGGCCAUCGGGAGAUCGUUCAACUGCUACUGGAAAACGGUGCCGAUGUAAACUCUGAGGGAGGCGAAUAUGGGUUUGCGCUCCAGGCCGCUGCGGUAAAAGGUCACCGAGAGAUUGUUGAAUUGCUGUUGAAUAGAGGCGCUGAUAUCAAUGCCAGAGGUGGCUACUACGGGUUUGCGUUGCAAGCUGCAGCAGCAGAAGGACAUGAAGAGAUUGUCAAAAUGCUAAUGAAGAGAGGUGCUAAUAGCAAUGCUCCCGGCGGCCAUUUUGGCUAUGCAUUUCAUGAUCAUGUACCUGAAUGA